AAAAGCAUAACUCCCAACCGUUAAUCACUUUAAUCUCUUCCACAACCCAACGGCUUAGAUUUCUCUUUCCAUUUCCGAAUCGUUCUUGAAAUCUUGAUCUGCUUGCCCUUCACUCUCUUCCCAUUUUAGCUCCCUCUUCUACUGUUCGCUUCGCUGGCAUGGCACCAUCAAAUUCUUGAUUUUUCGACGACAAAGUUCUUGACUUUUUGCAGUUCUAGGCUUCUAGCAGUUUCAGUAGAUAGGGUCCAGGUUUUUGCAGAUGAAAAUGCCGGUUUCAACAAGAUCUCAGAUCACUAGCAGCAAAACCAGAGCCAAGCCGGAAAUUCAAGAACUCGAUGGAGUGGGUUCCGCCGCCGCCGCCGCCGCGGCGAUGAGAAACCCGCACCAUGGGUUGAAAGAGAAGAUGAAAGCUCUGAGCCUUUUGUAUGAGCAGCAAAAGCGAGCCUCAAUGGCGCUCAAGAACCAGUCUUUAAAGGCCGAGGAUCCAAGAUUCACCACGCACCCUAGUGUGGAUCUCCUCAACUCUGCGAAAAAGGACGGAAAAGACGGCAAAGAGCCCAGACCAUUUGGUAACGUGAUGAAGGAGAACACAAUGCCCAUUUGGCAACCUCCGCCGCCGCUACACCGGCCGCCGGAUGAGGAGAAGGAAAACGUGGCUGCGGCGGCGGCGGCAACUGUGGGCGGCGGAGAAAGGAUUAGAAGGGCAAUUGAGACUAGAAAUGUGGCUAGGAAGCUCUCCCUUGGGACUUCAGCAAUUCCUAUAAACUCAGAACCCAAAGGGAUUAACAAAGAGAAUGUUCAAGAAUUAGAGAAAGUGAACGAGGGGGGGACAAGGAUCCUUGUUUUUGUGAGGCUAAGACCAAUGUCUAAGAAAGAGAGAGAAUCUGGGGCUAGAAACUGUGUAAGAAUUGUGGAUGGUAGGGAUGUUUAUCUCACUGAAUUCUCCACUGAGAACGAUUAUCUAAGGCUAAAAAGAGUCCGGGGAAGACAUUUCAGUUUUGAUGCCGCAUUCCCAGAAUCCGCUUCUCAACAAGAAGUCUAUUCCACAACAACAGCAGAGCUUGUUGAAGCAGUUGUGCAGGGAAGAAAUGGGUCAGUGUUUUGCUAUGGAGCGACCGGAGCCGGAAAGACACACACAAUGCUGGGCACAGUUGAGAGCCCUGGAGUUAUGGUGUUAGCCAUAAAGGAUCUGUUUACCAAGUUAAGGCAAAUGAGUUUUGAUGGAAAUCAUGUUGUUCAUCUCUCCUAUCUUGAAGUCUAUAAUGAAACUGUCCGGGAUUUGCUAUCCCCGGGACGCCCUCUUGUCCUUAGAGAAGAUAAACAGGGGAUUGUGGCUGCUGGGCUUACUCAGUAUAGAGCAUAUUCCACAGAUGAAGUAAUGGCAUUGCUUCAACAGGGAAACCUUAACAGAACCACAGAGCCAACUCGUGUCAACGAAACAUCCUCGCGGUCUCAUGCCAUUCUGCAGGUUAUGGUUGAGUAUCGUUUUAAGGACGGUUCAGAUAACAUUGUGAAUCGAGUGGGGAAACUAUCACUCAUUGAUCUUGCUGGCUCCGAAAGAGCUCUUGCCACUGAUCAGAGAACACUGAGAUCUCUGGAGGGGGCGAACAUAAACCGGUCACUCCUGGCACUCAGCAGCUGCAUCAAUGCAUUGGUGGAGGGGAAAAAACACAUCCCAUAUCGAAAUUCGAAGCUCACUCAACUGCUUAAGGAUUCGCUUGGUGGAGCUUGUAAUACUGUCAUGAUUGCUAAUAUCAGUCCAAGCAAUCUUGUUUUUGGCGAAACUCAAAAUACUCUUCACUGGGCUGAUAGAGCUAAAGAAAUCCGAACAAAGGCUUAUGAUGCACAUGAGGAAAUGCAAAUUCCCGAAUCAGAAACGGAUCAGGCCAAGCUAUUACUCGAGUUGCAGAAAGAGAACCGUGAACUUCGAGCUCACUUGGCUCGUCAGCAGCAAAAACUGUUAACUAUUCAAGCACAAAAUUUGGCAGCAAAUGCAUCUCCGGCCCCUUCUACACUCUCCUCUCACGUAUCCCCCGCUCCCUCGCCCGUUUGGCCAAGCGAGAAACGAAGAACGAGGCCCUCUUUCUUGGGUGGCAAUUGCUUUACCCCAGAAUCGAGGAAAAAGGGAGCAGAUGAGGCUGCAGUUAAGGAGCUGAGAAAAACGGUGAAGGUACUCGAGGCUGAGAUUGAGAGAAUGAAGAAGGAUCAUGCAUUGAAGAUAAAACAGAAGGAUAAUUUCAUUCAUGAGCUUUCGAGGAAGAGUGGGAAACCGACAGUAGUAACGAGGGCCGGUUUAAGACCAAAGAAGCCUCACGAGGAUGACCUGAAGAGCCCUCGCCAUCGUUUUAUGUCCCCAGUUCCCACAUCGAAAAAACGUAGCUUCUGGGAUACAACCACAGCAAAUAGUCCAUCACUUGCUGCCACCUUGAAUGGGAGAAAAACCAGAAGCCAUGUCAAUUCUGAACUUACUAAACCUCCAUCCAAGCUUCUCCAGCUUGCAUAUCCAUGUUUCUGGUUUGUGUUCAUGGUUGGACCGCACGUCUUGAAUCUCAGCCUGGAUUUGCUUGGCCAAGACCCGAAACUGUAAAGCCAUAAAGUUUAGUGAAGACGACGAAUAGGGAGUUUGAAGAAUUUGGUAUCAUCAACCUGCAGGUGCUAGUUUUUAUUGCACUGAAACUCAAUUCCAUGUUGAUUGUUGCAUUCAAAUGAUAGAUUCAGUCUUCCCCAGGGGACGUUCUUUACAAGAGUUUGUUGGUUUCGUUCGUGUUAAUAUGCAGAUUGUUGCAGAUUCCAUUAACAUUCUGAAAAUGAAUUGAGGUGUUCCCCCCCAUAGGAUUUUUUUUGGUUUUUUGAUUGUUUGUUGGAUGAAACUUAUGGUGUGUUUGUAGCAUUGUUGUAUCUUAUUUGGCAAUGUUUCAGAGUAAUUCCAUCAACUCUGUUGUUUAUAUUAUUGAUGAAUCAGAAAUACCAGGACAAAGUAUUCUUA